UUUGGGUCCUGGCUCACAGCGCAGCCCAUGUCCCCCUGGAGGGUGACAGCUAUGGCAGGAGUGGACAGUGUGGAGAUCUGGGGUAAACGGUGCUGCUCACAUGGGGCUGCCUUCCUGCAGCCCAGGCUGUGCUGACACCAGAAAAGGUGGGAUUUCUUUUUUUAUUUUUUUACCUUUUUCAGCAUUAUCAGUUGCUAUUUCAAUGAGCAGUACUGUGGAUGGUCAGGGCUGAUACACAGCCCUCUGGGGGCAUUUCAUACAGUGAUACAUCCCUACUAAAAACCACCAAGCGGAACCCAAAUGACAGCACCAAGACCUUUGAAAUCUCCUGUCCAAACAGUGGGUUUUGGUUUAUCCCCAGCACAUCUCCACACACUGAUCAUCCUGGCCUACCUGUGUGCAGAGAAACGCAUUGCUCCUGCUGAUGGCAUUAUGGGAGGCUGGAUGGGGGAGGCCCAGGAGCGAUGGAGCCACCCUUGACCUAUCUGAGAGCUGCUCUGGGGCUUGCAUUCCUUCUCUGUUUUGAGGGGAUUUCUGCUUUUUCCAUCUCACAGGCUGAUUUAGAGCACCCCGCUGCAGGCUGGGAAGAUGUCCCUUCAAAACUCUGCCCUAGGAGCCCUCCCCAGCCCUGCAAGUACCCAGACCCAGCUCUCAUUACUGCGCCAUGCCCAGCAGAUGGUGCAGGGACCCCACGUACUGCACGGUGUUCACUGCACCCCACGGCGUGUGGCUGUGGGAAGGGGACACGGGCUUGGAGAAGAGGCUGCACAUGCCCCAGGAGUGGUAUUUUGGCAACCCACAAACAUUUGCUCUGCAUGGGAAUCCUACGGGCUGGUAACGUGGGCUUCGUUGAAGGCGGGGUGCAGCGGUGGAGGUUGGCUGAAAUCCAGGUAGCUAAAGAGAUAAGGGGAAAUAAGGUGAAAUAGCGUGAUGAACCAAAGGCAAGCCUUAUAGGGCAAGCCUUGAGGUGGCUGCAGGCAGAAGGGGCUCCACGCAGCCAGCCCUCCAGACAGCAUUUGGGAUGACGGUGACCACAGCCGGGGCUCAGGAAGGAAGACGCAGGCUGCCCCCGGUCUGGCUGCCCCACGCGAGCCCCGAGCUCUGCUCCCUAGGGCGAGCUCCGUCAUCCGCUGCCCUUGUCCCGCUUCACAGGGUGCGAGCGGCGCCCGGCAUCCGCCGUGCCGUUCGCCAGGACUCGGCUUCCCCGGCCGCGGUGCGCAGUGCGGCGUGGGAGGGAUAACUCAUCCCAGCCAGGAGGCAGAGGUGCCGGGCGGAGGGAGCUCACCGCCUUCCUCCCGCCAAGAGCCCUGCUCGACCGCGGGACCAUGGCUUCGGGGCUCCGCUGCAGCCUCCCUCUGCUGCUGCCGCUGCUGCUGCUGUGCCCGGCGGCACGGUUGGCCACGCCGGCGGCCCAGGGCUGCCCAGGCAGGCAGCAGCUCCUGGCAGCUGUGCGGCAGAUGCAGCAGCUGCUGAAGGGGCAGGAGACGCGCUUCGCCGAGGGCCUGCGUCUGAUGAAGAGCCGCCUCAGCACGCUGCAUGCAACCCUGGCCAAGGCGGCCCCGGAGCCCACGCCUGUGUCCUGCCCAGCCCCACAGGCCCCUGCUGGCGGGCGAAUGUUUGGCACCAAGUACCUGGUGGAGCACGAGGUGCACUUUGCCUGCGAACCUGGCUUCGAGCUGCAGGGUUCCAGCACACGGAUAUGCCAGGCUGAUGGCAGUUGGAGCGGAAAGGAGCCGCGCUGCACAGAGCUCAGCACAUGCUCCAGCAGCCCCUGCCAGAACGGUGGCACCUGCGUGGAGGGACCAGGCCAGCACCGCUGCCUCUGCCCACCGCCAUGGAGCGGGGCCACCUGCCAGCACCGCACGCAGACAGAGCCCCCAGCAUGGAGUGCAACAGCUGAUCCUGCCUUCAGCCGCAAGCCCCGCUGCGCCCAGGUGGAGCACGCCCAGCAGUGCCGCUGCGAGCCUGGCUUUCACAUGAGCGGCACAGCCACCGCCAGCCUCUGCCAGGAUGUGGACGAGUGUGAGCUGUACCAGGCAGAAGGGGCCCCACGGCUGUGUGCCCACGCCUGCGUCAACCUGCCCGGCUCCUACCGCUGCGCCUGUCCCAGUGGGUACAGCCUGCUGGGCGAUGGCAAGAGCUGUGAAGACAUCGAUGAGUGCGCUCUGUCGCGGGACAACUGCACGCGGGGCACAACGUGCAUCAACACAGGUGGGGGCUUCCAGUGCGUCAGCCCCGAGUGUCCCCAGCCCGGUGGCAACAUCACCUACGUGAAAACAUCACCCUUCCAGUGCGAGCGCAACCCCUGCCCGAUGGAUAGCAGAUCGUGCCACCAGGCGCCCAAAACCAUCUCCUUCCACUAUCUGCCCCUGCCCUCCAACCUGCUGACCCCAACCCCGCUCUUCCGCAUGGCCACGGCGGCAGCACCCGGCCGGCCGGGACCCGACAGUCUCCGCUUUGGCAUCGUGGGAGGCAACAACCGGGGCCACUUUGUGAUGCAGCGCUCGGACCGGCAGACCGGGGAGCUCAUCUUGGUGCAGAGCCUGAAGGGCCCCCAGACCAUCCAGGUGGAUGUGGACAUGUCCGAGUACCUGGACCGCACCUUUCAGGCCAAGCAUCUCUCCAAAAUCACACUCUUCGUCUCUGCCUAUGAGUUCUAGGGCAGACCAGGGGGUGGCUGCAGGGUUUGGAUGUUCUCAUGUGCAUAGCGGCUGUGGUCCCUUUUCAGAUGAAAGCACUACAGGUGCCAGCAAGCACUGAAACCAGCUGUCCCCUCUCUGCAUUGAGGUGAUUUUGUCUGAGUCUCCAGGUGCUUUUUACACCCACCUCCAUGGAAAAAGCAGCAUGUGAUGUGCGACAAACUGCAUACAGGUUAUCUGCUUGCUGAGUGCAGGAGCAGGGCGUUAUUUUUGCUCACAGCUCCAGAAGGACAUCCUAUAACCUCUGCACCUAUGCAAUGCAAACAAGCAGGUAGAAACCAAGGUGCUUACUUCCUUUUUGAUUCCUUUUUUGUAGGAAAGAAGCUAAGCCGGUGCUGUCAGCCCUCCUCUGCACUGGGCUGGGCUUGCUUCCCUCUGAACACCAAGGCCCCCAGCUGGGAUUUGUUGAGCAGAGCUCAAGCUCUUGGUGCUGCUUGGGAUGGUGGCAGCUGUGCCCUGCAAGCCCUGAGGCUGUGUGGCACAACACAUUGCACCACUCGGAGCAUAUGGAGAAGUUCUUCCCAACCUCAGCUCCCAGUCCACACCUGAAGCAGAAAGUUUGGGGUGGGACUGUCCGAAAGUGAGGUUGUUGCUCGGGUUGGGGUCAGCCAUCCUGAUGUCCCCAGAGAUGCAGGAAGGACUCGGUGCCAUCCUACAUGAUGAGCUGGAGAUGAAGGAUGGUUGGAAGGCUGUCCCAUGCCUUAAUCCUCUUGGAUGGGGUCAUGCACCUGCAUCCACCCAUGACCUGGCAUGGAUGUGCCAUGGGUAUUGCUUCAGCUGAGCAUGGUGCUUGUCUUGCAAGAGCUCAGGGUGUGAAUAUCUCAUUUUUUAACGCCCCUUGUCCUCUUGCAGGAAUAGUUGUGGGGUUGGCUCUUGCCAUGGUACUGCAACACGUGCCCAGGGCUGGCACUACUGUGGUGCUCACCUCUGCUCCCCAGUGCAGCGCUUGUGCAUGUAAACCACAAAAACAUUAUGCAUGUUUCUUUCUCAUUUAGUACAAUUAAAGGAUGAUAUAGCCUCUGAGUAGGUGCAGAGCAGAAUAAAGUAUCCGCAGCGCGUGUAGGGUGUGUUCACCCACAGCCAAGAGGGGAUGGGUUCUGGGUUUAUAGGACUAUAGCUUGUCCUUGUUGUUUCUGUUCUCCUGCUUUAUGCUGCUGGGGAGGGCGGGGGGAGGAGAGGAAGGAAGUGUGGGGAUGUGCCAAUGAAGACAGGCACAGGGAGCUGCUGGGAAGCUGGGGAGCUGCGUGGUCAAAGUACCUCAAGCUUUGGGUGGAAAAGCUUCAGGGCCAUGCAGGAGGAAAGAAAACACAGCAGAGUAGGGCUCUGCAGUGACACCUGGUAGCCCUUCAAAACGCAGCUUUCUUUUCUUGGGAACUUAGCCCAGAUUUAAAGAAAUCUUGCUCCUAGGAUAAAGAAGUCCAUAUGCUAAGGGGAAAGGGAUUGAAAAGUACAAGUGAAGAAACUGGUUUGAAGCAAACUGUGCUCCCUGGGUUUUGCAAGGAGCAUUCUGUGUGGAGACCUGGUCUCCUCCUUCCCCUCUCCUUGGUUUUCCAACACAAGGCACCUGCACUGCCUCAUGUCCCAUGUGAACCAGGGGGAACUGAACCAUGCCUUGAAAAGGGACUGGCAGAUUCAGGCUGGCACAGUCUGGGGGCUGAAGGGAACACCAACCACCUGCUGGAUUUCUGCACAUGGCAGAGCCCGAAUCCUGCCCACAGCCAGGCGGGAUGGAGGAAAUGCACCUCGGCUGGGAAAAAGGAGAGGAUGACUUUCUGAAUAGUUUCCAUCUGAUGCUUUAGCUGGCUGAUGAGGCUGGGGAUGGGUGUUUGGACCUUUGUGUUGGAGGCUUUCAUUGCAGAGUAAUCCUUCACUGACAGCAUUUUCCCAGUUCCCAAGGCCAGGGUGAACGGGUUUCCUCUCUUCAAGAUGCACUGAGACACAGGGGACUGGCCCAGGGAUGUGUAGGAGCAUCUCUGAUUUGCUUGCAAA